AUGUUCGGCAUUCGCACGCCAGAAAAGAGGGCUGACAGGGCUCCUUCCCCUGACAUGGAUAGACCGGGAACUUCCAAAAUUGUCCCCGCAGAUAAAUCCACUCCACCUGGAAAAGAAAAAGGAAAUCUAGUUAAAGAAGCCCACAAAAAAUUAAACAUCAAGUUAAACAUAAAUAAAGAGACAUCCGAUAGCUCUCCGAAGUAUCGAAACAGAGCUACAGAAGCAAAAGCAUGGGUGAGUAAGGCGAAAGUACACCUGUCACAGUCGAGAAACAUCAAGACUGAAAUUAAAAACGAAGUCUCUCUAGCCAUAGACAUUCUUUAUAAAAUAAUUAAGGAACUAGAAGGAGAAAUACAGGGUAAAGGAGAGAACGAAGGAGGAAAGAAGAAAGAAGAGAAGAGACCAGAACCAGAAAUUGAGAAAGAGCGGGAAAUGGAUAAAAUUGAAAAAUUUGGAAAAAUCCUAAUUGAGAAAAUGGAAAAGCAAGCUGAGCUACUACAACAGAGCAAUGAAAAAAUUAUCGAUUUAAAACAGACAUUGGAGGAACAAAAAGUAGCUCACAAACAAAACUACACAUAUGCCAACGCAGUGACACAAGGAGUAAAGAUACCGCAACAGAAAACUUUACACUCUGUUGUGGUAACUUCCAAGAAUGAAACUGAGACAGGAGAGGAAGUAUUAAAUAGAAUAAGAAAAGUGGUUAAUGCCAAAGACGGAGGAGUACGUGUGGAUAAAAUAAGGAAGGCAAAGGAUAGAAAGGUGAUUGUUGGGUGUGAGACAGAAGAAGAAAGGAAUAUAUUAAAGAAAAGAUUAAAGAAGGCAGAGGAACAUCUUGAAGUGAAGGACAUCAAAAACAAGAAUCCCCUAGUUGUACUUAAAGACGUCUUUAAUUAUAAUACGGACGAGGAAAUACUAGCUGCACUGAAGAACCAAAAUAAAGACAUGAUGCAAGAUGUAGAGGGGAUAGAGGAAAUUGAAAUAGCCUACAAAAAACGAACAAGGAAUCUCCACACCCGACACAUAGUCCUGCGGGUGCCCCCACAAUUAUGGAGAAAAAUGACCGAGGUGGGUAGAGUGCGGAUCGACCUGCAGAGAGUGGCGGCUGGGACCGGGUGUCUUGACUGCCAGGGGUGA